GGCCUACUGCACUUUAUGAAUAAUGAAAACAUGACGUAAACAAUGCGGUCCUCUAUGCAGCUCGGGCUCGAGGCUGGAGGCGGGCGCACCGAGCCGUGAUGCAGUCGUGACGUAGAUUCACUCGGGGAUCUUUAAUCCUCUGCCGCAGCAGCACAACACCGGUAACCAGAGGAGGGGGUAGCACGGUCGGACAGGAAUGGACCACACGGCCUCGGCUAGACUACUCCUUGGCCGAAAUAGCUCGGUCUUUAGAUAUUAUGAUAAUAUCACCGAGUAAAACAGAGAUUACGACUAGAACGAGCCGACUGCUUGCACAGGCCAGACCCCCUCCUCACUCUCUGCCUGUAGCUAACAGCCUAUGUAGACAUUUUUCUAUUAAAGAGAACUCAUUUAGAAACGGUGGUCAAGAUAUUUUCAAACGCAUAUAUUUGCUUCAUUUAAAGUCGAAUUCGGUAUCUUUAAGCCGGCUGACGGACACUACGCCUCGUGCUGCCGGUUUCCUGCAGCCAGUUGCGCCCCGGUUCGCCCUUCAGUGGCGUCGCCGCGUCCCCGCUGUUCCUGUCAGCUGCUGCGCAUCAGCAAAACAUGCAGGAUGAGCCUGUGGGGGUGACAACCACACAAUUACCCCCGUCAACCGAGGAAAAGGACAGCAACAGCAGCAGCACGGUCAGCAAAUCCGGGAAGCAACCGAACCAACCCGACAACCGCGACAGCCUGCUGAUCUCGUUCACGCCGGAUUAUAACCAUCUAAACCAGAACAUAGGCUAGCUUUUCCAGAUUUCGAUCGAGAUCAUUUUUGCCCGACGCAGUCGAUCUGUGACCUUCAGCACAGCCGAAAAAUACAUCAGCAGUUAAGUCAGCACACUGAGUUUAGCCCCACAGACUCGCCCCCACCCCAGAGACAUUUCAGUCACCUGCCGCAGAGGCAGCCCUUCUCUAAGCCCGAGCACAGCGCUGCUGAUCCCUGCGGCUCUCCAGUGGAAGAGGCUGAAGCCGAUGCUGCGUCGCCAUCGCCCACUUCCGUAACACCAAACAAGAUCCAGAUGGACUCCCCCAUCGCCCACCAUAUAAAUGGCAAUGGCAGCAGCAGCACCGGCAACAUGUUGUCCGGAGGUCUCGGCGCCGCUUUCCCGAACCUCUCCACCCAGGAGAUGCAGAGCGCCAGCGUAGGCUCGUCUUCACCUUCCCUCCCCGGAUUCGACACCCCGUGGUCCGUCCAGACCAGUUCCUCGCCCCCUCCCGCACCCAACUCCAUCAACCCCAUCCACGCGAACGCCAUUAACCAGAUGCCCAACACGGACUCUGACAACAGCUUCUACCCAGGUAUCCCCUCCUCCAUCAACCCGGCCUUCUUCCAGAGUUUUUCGCCAGUGUCAGUUAAUCCGUGCGCCGGGAUUAAUGUGCAGGGCUUCAGCGGUCCUUUCUCGCCCCAGAUGAACGUCCCUCAGCAGGCGCAGAGUCGCAGGUCCCCGGUCAGUCCCCAGAUGCAUCCCCAGCAGGGCGCCUUCCUGCAGCAGAGGAACAACUACAACCAACAUCAGCCCAUGGUGAAGCCAUCUCCCUGGGGCGGUCACCAGGGCAAUGGCUGGGGCUCCAGUGGGAUGUCCUGGGGCCGGGACCACCGCAGAGGGAGUGGCAUGGGCGUACCUGGCUCCGUCAGCCACGUCUCGCCACUGAAGAAGCCCUUCUCGAGCAACGUCAUCGCUCCUCCCAAGUUCCCACGCUCUGGAGGAUCACUGGGGCCUAAGUCCUGGAUAGAGGAGAACAUGUUUCGCACAGACAGCAACAGCAACACUUUGUUGCCCCUGCAGGACCGCUCCAGAAUGUACGACAGUCUGAACAUGCACUCCCUGGAGAGCUCUCUGAUUGACAUCAUGCGAGCUGAGCAGGAUCCGAUGAAAGGCCGUGUGGGAUGCCCUAACCCCGGGGCUGACGGCCUACUCAUGCUCAAUGGCCGCUCCUCCCUCUUCCCUAUUGAUGAUAAUCUCCUCGAUGAUAGCCACGGCAACCAGGGUGUCCCAGGAGUCCUUGGCUCCCCCAACUGUUACCCCCACCAAAAUGGGGAGCGCAUCGAGCGCUUCUCCCGUAAGGUGUUCGUGGGAGGUUUGCCCCCUGACAUAGAUGAAGAUGAAAUAACCUCAAGCUUCCGCCGCUUUGGUCACCUGGUGGUGGACUGGCCACACAAAGCAGAGAGCAAAUCCUACUUUCCACCUAAAGGAUACGCAUUCCUGCUGUUCCAGGAGGAGAGCUCAGUGCAGGCUCUGAUUGAAGCCUGCAUGGAGGAGGACGGGAAGCUCUACCUGUGUGUCUCCAGCCCCACCAUCAAGGACAAGCCGGUGCAAAUUCGACCUUGGAACCUGAGCGACAGUGAUUUUGUGAUGGACGGAUCUCAGCCCCUUGAUCCCCGCAAGACCAUCUUUGUGGGAGGCGUCCCUCGUCCCCUGAGAGCAAUUGAGCUGGCCAUGAUUAUGGAUCGUCUCUACGGCGGAGUCUGCUACGCGGGAAUUGACACCGAUCCAGAGCUCAAGUACCCCAAGGGGGCGGGACGAGUGGCCUUCUCCAAUCAACAGAGUUACAUCGCUGCCAUCAGCGCGAGAUUCGUCCAGCUGCAGCAUGGUGACAUUGACAAGCGGGUGGAGGUGAAGCCCUACGUGCUGGAUGAUCAGCUAUGUGAUGAGUGUCAGGGUGCACGCUGUGGAGGGAAAUUUGCUCCCUUUUUCUGUGCUAAUGUCACCUGUCUGCAGUACUACUGCGAAUUCUGCUGGGCCAACAUCCACUCCCGCGCCGGACGAGAGUUUCACAAGCCCCUGGUCAAAGAGGGAGCCGACCGUCCUCGCCAGAUUCACUUCCGCUGGAACUAGAGAUGCGACCACAGCCAUGGUGACACAGUCAGAGGGAAAGGAAAUGAAACACUGGCUAACAGGAAAAAAGAGCAUCGUCCUGCCUCUCCUGCUCUCCUAAGCUAUCAGUAUAAUCGAGUAUGUAACACUAUACAGUAUAUACUAUAUAUAUAUAUCUAUAUAUCUUUUGUAGCAGCCAAACACCACAAGCCUCAGUUUUUCACCAAAACCCCCCUCACAUCUCAGGCUCUGACAACUCUACAACUCUUUUGUGGUACUUUCAUCUUUUCUAAGAGGAGAUUUAAAAAGAGAUUGAUUUUUGUAGGUUUUUUUAUUAUUAUUAUUUUUGUAUGUGAGAUUUAAAGUAGAUAUGGGAAUGUUUUUGCAUGGGGGCAGCUUGUCUGUCUGUUUGUCUGCUGCUAGCCACCCUACAGUGCGUGUAGUGCACACUUGUUUCUGGGAAAACCUUGAUUCUCUAAUGUUGAAGCCUGCCCCAGGUCAUUAACCAAAGGUAGCAAAAAGAUAGGAAGCAUAAAAUUGACACAUUUUUCUGCCGCAAAAAAAACCAAACAAAACACAGUUGUUUUUUAAUGUUCCCAUGGGCUCUUUCUUCUUUUUAGAGGGUUUAUUAAAAAAAGAUGAUAGGGUUAUAUCUGCGCUCAUGCUGACCCAUAAAGUGAUACCUCAAAAUACUAAAUCUGGUUUCUGCUAACUGUAUUCAACAUUUAUACUUAACAAGCUAUUUUAGAAGCUUUGCUGCUAUAAAUACAUAUAUAUGAAUAAAUGUGUAGGUAUUAUAUUAUUGCCAUUUAUAAACCAGAAUCAUGUAAAAUGGAAUGCAGUAUGCACUCAACCACUAAUGGCCCCGAUUGCCAUGGAAAGUGCAUGCUAUUAUAAUAGGCUUAGUUAUACAAAUAGCAUGCAGGAUAGAUGUGAGAGAGAAAAAACACUGAGAAAAAAAUAAAAAACAAACCACUGAAAUCAUAAUUAAAGACAAGACAUAAAAGUCUAUAGUGAGUAGUAUGACCAUCUAUUACCAAUGCCUAAGAGGGGAAAAAAUCUGACAAAUAAGACAAAAUAAGUAAAAGAAAAACAUAUUUAAACUUGCAUGCAUUGAUGUUUAUCUGUUGUUUGAUCCGUUUACAUACUUAACAAUACAAAAAGUGAUAUUGGUUCUACUGUAGACUUAGUGGAGGCCAUCAUUUUGCGACAUGAUGGCUUGUAUGGCAAAAGAAAAUUCCUGUUGGAAGCAGAGUGGUGUUCAGUGGUUUGUGUUUGUGUCGUCCCUGUGCUGUGUGACUGUUUUUAGUGUAGACUGAGGCUCUAGUUUAGUUACCAACAGAUUACAUAUAGGAGAAUUAAAACAUCAAAAUGACUCUGCCUUCACCCUUCCUAUCCCGCAUCUUUGCAUGGUUCCAAAGGUUAAUCUGAUAUAGCACCGCCCUCCCAGACCAAAUGCAAACAAAAGACUUGAUCAUUUUGGAAGACUGAACUGGGGGAAGUGGGCCUGGGCUGAAAGUCGUGUUCAUAAGCAUCCUUAGAACAUGUUCUCUUCACUAAACUUGCUUAUUUUGUAAUGACUAGUUGAAAGAGUCAGGCUUUCGUGAAUCCAGGGAAACCCUGGCUCGGUUACUGAAAGAUAAAAUAUCUCCACAUCUCCUCACGUCCUUUCACGACGAUGGCACGCGGUCCCUUGGCGUGCUAAAGGUGAAACUCUCUUCUCUUUGUUUGUGUUGUGUGUCUGUUUGAUUUCCACGGUGACCCUUGAAUUACUCAAAAAAAAAAAAAACUAUUUAGGGACAAUCUUUCUGUGAGGAUGGUGGCCCAGCCAUCCGUUUGGUACUGUAAAAGCGUGUCGCUCUCCUGUCGUCGUGGUUUUUGUGUUCCAUACCCUGGUGUGUGCUCCUCUGUAUCGGUGUUCAGGCAUCAAGUGUGUACUGUUAACAAAACCUUAAUGAAACUGAGACUCUUAAGUUUAUUUACUUAUAGUUGAGUCUUAUAAUUAUAAUUUGUUUGUGUCAGCUACUUACCCUUCACUGGCCCUUCAAUAUGUUUUUUAUAAUAUAUAUUAUGCACUCCUUUUUAUAUCCCCACUCAAUUUAUUUCUUAUCCACCCCCUUAAGUGAUUUCAGUGCAGAUGUGGAUUCUCUGAAACCUCCACCUAUUUAUAAUUCUACAGAUGAUUUAUCAAAUUUUAUUUUUUCAUGAUUCCUUAUUUAAGAAGUAGCGUGAAGCAGUGGUCUUAAGUUAUCUAUAUUCUGAAUGAGUAGAGCAGGAAAUCCAGUACGUUCUAAUAUAUUCUAAUAUAGUCUGGAUGUUGUGAGGACCGGGAGUUGGAACGUGAUGGAGAUGAAAGUGUUAGAACGAGCUCCCGUCGUCCCGUCGUCAACCGUGGCUUUAGUUCUCAUGAUGCGAACGUGUUUGAAUAUCGUCACCUGUAACACUUGACUCGUGCUGUUUUUGUGAGGUUCUAUUUUCUGUGUUGAACACUGUUACUUUGUUCUGUGUCUUUGUUUUUGUAAAAAUCAUAUUUAUUUCAAUAUUUUUGUAGACAAAAAAAAAACCUAUUUGAUUUUGAUUGUAUUUUUCUAUUUGAAUAGGACUAUUAUACAAUUUAUUUCCCCCCAAUUGCAAAUUAUGUCCAAACGUUCUGUUCAAAGACAAAGAAUCAUGUCAUUAGUAACAACAUCAACGUUUUUGAUAUACAUUUGAUUCUUAUUUUGAUACACAUGACACAUUUCAUUUGAAGGAAGGAAACAUGAAGGUUUUAUUAUAUUCUUGGAAGACACUUGAGAUUCUCCCCUGUUGCAUCGGGGCCCCAGCUGCCUGUCCUCAUAGAUGCUCUGAAACUUGAAUAUAACACAUUUUGAAAGGCUGACUAACCUCGAAUCUGUGUUGUGAUGUGCAAUACUGUUUCUAAUGUUUGUAUAAAAGUAAGAACUACAGUGUAAACCUUUUUAAUGCAGAUUUAUUUUUUUCAUUGCAUAUUUUGCAAAUUUCUGAUCCACAGUGUCAUUUUUUACUGUCAGAAAAAGAAACCCCGUUUUUUCAUUGCAACUAUUUUUAAAUCCAGAUAUCUUUGUACUGAUGUAAAUGAUUGUAGUUAUUUUGGAUAGUGUUUUGCUAACAAACAGAGAGACUUUUUCAUGCAUAUUUCUAUUUCAUUUCAUCUUGUUUUAUCCCACACUUUAUUUCAUUUAAUAGUAGCAGAAUUCUUGGAAUCAUUUUUCAUAUUUAUUUUCAUUGGUAUUAUUUUGUAUUUUUAUGUGGAAAUACACUAUAUAUAAAUUUAAGAUGCUAAUUGCUAAGAUAUUAUUUUGAGUUUAAUUAUUUUUAAAGCUAAAUAUUUGUAAUUUUAUUGUUAAAGUGACUAAUUUCUAAAUCAAGAGUUUGUGUAUAGAUUCACAAAAGUGGUUUAUGAGGUGUUUGGAUUUUAAUUAUUACUGAAUGGUUCUUUGAUAUGCAAAAUGAAUAUCAUGUUUAUUUUUAUUUUUGUUGGUUUUGUAUUUAAAUGGGGUGUUGAUUACAGUCCUUUUUUUUUCUUUCACUUUUACCUGAAUAAAGACCCAUUCUGUUUGGACACAA